UCACUUACUUAGAGACUAGAGAGUGAGAGAGAGAGAUAACACUAAAACAAGCUCGUAAUUCGUGAUUUUUCUCUUGCUCGUUUUCCUUCACUUUCUCGGCUACCAAACAGAGGGAAAAGUAGAGGUUCUUUCCUGCUGUUGAGGCUCUUGUUUCCCCAACAAAAAUGUUCGGUUUUUCUCGCAGACGCAUGAAGCUUGGACGAUUAAAAGUCCAGCUCUCAGACUCUGCUCAGGGAACUAGAAGCCCCAUAAGACAACCGAAACGAAAUAACAGCUCCAAUAGUGAAUGUGAUGCCCCUGCAAGCAGUAAUUCUGAUGAGCUCGAUCACCAGUGUUCGUCUGCUGCUCCUGAGAUUAGUAAUUCCACAAUGGGGAGCUCCGAGAAUUGGAUGGUGUUGUCAGUUUCUGGGGACAAGCCGACGCCCCGCUUCAAUCAUGCCGCAGCUGUAAUUGGGAACAAGAUGAUAGUGGUUGGUGGUGAAUCUGGGAAUGAAUUGCUAGAUGAUGUACAGGUGCUUAAUUUCGACAGUUUUACCUGGACCACAGCUUCGUCUAAGCUUUACUUGUCACCGAGCAGUCUACCAUUAAAGAUCCCUGCAUGCAAGGGCCACAGACUGGUGUCUUGGGGAAAAAAGGCACUCCUUAUUGGAGGAAAAACUGAACCUGGGAACGAAAAAAUUUCAGUUUGGGCAUUUGACACAGAGACAGAAUGCUGGUCUCAUAUGGAAGCUAAGGGCGAUAUACCGGUUGCUCGCACUGGUCACACUGUUGUCAGGGCAAGCUCUGUAUUGUUCCUAUUUGGGGGUGAGGAUGCUAAAAGAAGGAAGCUGAAUGAUCUGCAUAUGUUUGAUCUGAAGUCCUUGACAUGGCUACCUCUUCAUUGCACAGGAACAGGACCAUCUCCGAGGUCCAAUCACGUGGCAGCUCUUUAUGAUGAUAAGACUCUUUUUGUAUUUGGAGGCACAUCAAAAUCCAGGACUUUGAGUGAUCUGUAUUCACUUGACUUUGAAACUAUGGUAUGGUCAAGAAUAAAGAAACGAGGUUUCCAUCCAUCACCUAGAGGUGGUAGCUGUGGGGUCCUAUGUGGAACCAAAUGGUAUAUUGUUGGGGGCGGAAGCAGGAAAAAACGACAUGCGGAGACUCUGAUCUUUGAUAUCUUGACAUUUGAGUGGUCAGUGGCCAUUGCAUCACCUCCUUCUUCAAUCACCGCCAAUAAGGGUUUCAGCCUAGAGCUUGUGCAGCACAAAGAAAAAGAUUUUCUUGUUUCAUUUGGUGGAUGCAGAAAGGAGCCAACAAAUCAGGUCGAAGUACUGACCAUGGAAAAGAAUGAAUCAUCCAUGAGUCGCCGAUCUUUUCCCAGCAAAGUCCCUGGAACUUUGUUGCCUGAGAAACGCUCAUCCACUGGCCUGGUUGGUCAACUAAAUAAUGGUUCUUCUCAGCGCUCAGUUAAUUCAGUUACUAGACAAAAUCUUGCAUCUGCAAUUGAACAUCAUGGUUCUGGAAGAAAAUCUUUGUCAGAGUCCUUGCUUGUUGAUCCAAAUCCUGUUUCUGGUAAUGUUUCACUUAGGAAACAAUUCCAUAAUGACGAAGAAUACAACACGACUGUUAGGGUGGUAAAGAGUUCUGAAGAUGAAAGCUCUUUCUCACAGCCAACAGAAAAGAAAAACAGUCAAUCUGAUUCAGGAGUCCAGACUAACGUACUUGGAAGUAGACUCUAUUCGGAGGAGAUGCUCUCUGGAUAUGAGUAUGAAAAUUCAAAUCAUCACAAUCAUGGAAUCGGAAACCUUUCAGUUGAUAACAAUGAUGCAAUGUUCCUAGAAACUGAUAGUAAACCAGGGGCCCUAUCAGCUCCGUCAAGUAUUUACCACUAUUAUGAAUCAAAGAUGGCUACAAUAAUAAGAAAGAAUGGAAUUUUAGAAGGGCAGUUGGCUGCUGCAUUGACCAGCCGAGAAGCGGCUGAGAAAAAUUUAUCAUCUGCCCUCAAGAGCAGACAGGAGAUGGAGAGAAAAUUAGCAGACACUGCAAAGGAGAUGGAAUUGCUCAAGGAAAAAGUUGCUGGUGUAGAGAUAGCACAAGAGGAGGCUAACAACCUCUCAAAUAUUGUUCAUUCUGACAAUGUGAGGCUUGAGCACGAUGUGGCUUUCCUCAAGGCAGUUUUGGAUGAUACUCAGAAGGAGCUCCAUUCAACUAGAGGAGUGCUUGCAGGAGAACGAGCAAGGGCAUUCCAACUACAGGUCGAAGUCUUUCAUCUCAAACAAAGAUUGCAAUCUAUGGAGAAUCGAGCACCUACCCCAAGGAAACCUUUCUAGUCCGUAGAAAACAAAGGGUUGAGAGUUAGGGACGUCAAUAUCUAAUGAAAGGCAAGCAGGGAACUGUGGAACAAAUCACAACUGCACUCCAAUGGCACAGGCCCCAACCCAUAGCAGACGUCAAGCCGCCUCAAUCUUUGCUUGAUUACAAGCCCAGUCACACACCUCGAGAGCUUGUUGUGGUGAAUCCUACUUGUUCUACCAUGUACAUAAGUGUAUCAACCAGUCACCUUAAACAUGUAUGUUUCUUUUUUGGUCAAAAGCUUGAAACGAAAGCAGAUAUGCUACAUUUUGUGAGCUUUUUCCACGUUCAGAUGAGGAAAACGUUGAUUCUGUGUCUAAUGGCGACUGAGAAGCUAAUUUCUGUGCA